GGCAGGAUGACCAGAUCGACCGAUCCAUACUGACACGCGAUUGUCUCCACUAUCCAGAUACCUCGUGCUGCCUCUUUCGUUCAAUGAUUCGAAGUACAACGACCAUAUCGACAGAACAGGCGCCGCCGUGGCCGCGGCGGUGUUCAUUGGAGCGGGGUACGCUCUACCGAUCAUGCUCCUCGCUGUCCAGUUUCGCGACCGGCACUAUGUGAUCUACUCUUUAAUUCUUCCUCAGAUACCCACCAACCUGCUGGGAGUCCUCAAUGCGCUCCUCAAUAUUUUCAUUCGGGGCCUGCUCCCCAUCCACUCCAGAGAGGUGGCGGCGAUCGCUCUCCCCGGCGCCGUCGCUUUUUUCUGCACCCUUGCGGCAUUGAGCCUACACGCCUUAUCCUCCAUCAGAAUCACCCGCCGCAGUACCCCUAGUCGCGAGAAGGUCCUGCCCACCGAGGAGGAACUGCAACGGCAGCAGCUUCUUCGGCUUCUGCAGGAAAAGAACGGCAAGAGAGCUUCGAAGGGCGUGCAUAGUACUUUCAAGAUGAAGCUCUCAGGUCCAUGAGAUCUACGCAGACGUACACCUUCACGCUUUCUUGUGUCAGCUGUCAGAGUUGAUGAUGUCUUCGUGUACACCGCACGGCUUGAAAUGAUGAUCUCAUGCAAUUCGUAUAUUUUUAUGACCUUAAUUUUCGCUAUAACAGUACCGGAUAUUUUGAACACUGUGUUUCUGCUCGGGUGAUGAUGGGUGUGUCGCGCUCUCCCUCUUGAAGUCUCUGGGCCUAGGGCUGGUCACCCUUACUUGUCUCAGCGAGGGUACGUCGAGCGACCCAAAUGUACUGAUCCAGGGUUUCUGGGAAACGACAGCAUCCCACGAGAUCUGUGUCUUUCACAUGGGGUGUCAGUCAUUGAUGAAGAAACGCGAUCGUCAUGAAUCGGGGUAUCUGUCUGGCCGGUUCUUGUUCUUGCCAUCAUGAUUAAUAAUCAUUCCGUUACUGAAUGUAUACAUUCUGUGUUGUUCAAAGAGACGUCGCUGCAUAAGACGUGAA